CCGAGUGAGUCUCGAACCCAUAUCGAUGAGGGGCAAGUGAUUCGGAGUCUGCGACCAUAACCACUCGGACACGGAGGCCCCGCAAUAGAGAUAAGGUAUAACAUUUUCUUCCUGGUCUGGUGUUAGUUUGCAGAUGGCAAAGAUGACAAGAUUUUUAAAAGACGUUUAAAUACUUAUUAUCCUACACCGUCAUCUGACCUACUAUCUAAACAGAACAAAAGCAUUACUUGGUACGCCGGGUAAACUAAUAUCCGCAAUUACCUCAGCAUUUUAAAUAAGCGAAAUCCUACCCACUAUUUUGAACCUAACAAUAAACUACAUAAAUUUUGACAGGAUAAGACAAUAAGGAUUACACUUAGGAAUGCUGAUCAGCAACUUUAGAAAGGCGUUUUCUUCUGUCACGUUGCUUUAAUAUAUUAAAAUACUAUUAAAUAUUAAAUAUUUUACGUUUUUUGACUUUUUAAAGUCGUGUUUGGUUUAGGAUUAGAAAUACAGUUUCUUCUACUUAUUUAAAAGAGUACGAAAUCAUGAAAGUGAUUUGUUUUCUUGCUCUUUGGUUUAUUUGCACACAGAGAUGCAACGCAAACGUCAUUAUUGGUGUAAAUGGAAAGAUAGACAAUGACGAACAAAUAUCUAAUAAGGCUCUAACUUCGCCAGCAUUUGUCAUCAAUGAAGAAUUAGAAAAUGCACGAGAAAAGGCCGAGAAAGAACUUGUUACGCCCUUACCUGGAGAAGCAGGUGACCACAUUAUUAUUCGCAUUGAAAAACUAGGAAAUCGUGGCAUCAAACCAGAUGGUGUCAAUGAAGAACAUGACUUGAUUCUAGAUGAAAAUGAAUUCGAAAAUACAACAAUACCGCCACUUAUAUGCUGGGAAAUGACCUGUCCUGACUGCACAAAACAGGAAUCGGACAUACGCUGCUUUCUCAGAAGUUUACUGACAGUACUGGUACGGACUGUGUUGUGUUUAGUGCCGAUGCUGUUGUUAUUGAUGGCAUGCAUCAAAAUAGCCAACCACAAAGAGAAGAAAGUCGAUCUCAAUUGCGGGAAUAAAGACGACAAAACACAACUGAUCGAAAACUGUGAAAAAGGAACUUGAGAAGAAAACGAAGGCCACCCUGUAAUCGUGUUUUUCUGGGACUGUUCAAGAGUAAUAAUGGAGCGCCUAGCACUGUAGUACACAGGAAAAAAAGAAAAGAUAGAAAGCUGCAACUUCAGUGAGAAAAGAAAACAAUCAGACAGAACUUGGAUAUAUAAUGAGUUGAAAUACAGACAGUAAUUCAUUUUAAUAGGAUUUAAUCAGUGACUGAAAAGAGAAAAAUGGUUAGAAUGAAUCAAUAUUUGACAUGUUUUAAUGAUGAAAUAUUCGGUUAUAUUUCUUCAGGAAACUUGCAAACAAACUUUGAAUAAAUGUUAGAUUUCUUCUUGUUAAAUGUCAAACAAAAUCACAAUUAUUUGAAAAUAAAAUGUGUACUAUAUAUGA